AUGCUUCCUUGGCUCCGCUUUCGAUCUCUGAGGCCAGGAAAUAUUGGGUGCACGCCGUGGCGGGCAUUCCACAGCACCCCAAAGCCCAAUUUUCUUCGUCGCGCGCGUAUUAACGUUCCAGCACUGUAUAAACCGCGUCAGGAAUCAUGGCUUACACCGACUAUGAUACUGCUAGGGAUCAUGCCUUUCUUCACGUUCGCGCUAGGAACCUGGCAAAUGCAACGGCUCAAAUGGAAAAUCAAUCUCAUUGACGAGUUAGAGGAAAAGCUGCAGCUAGCCCCAUUGACUCUCCCAAAACGUAUAAAUCUUUCAGUACUUCCGGAAUUUAUCUGGCGAAAAGUGAAGAUAUCAGGCAGAUGGGACCAUGCCCACACGAUGCUCCUGACUCUUCGUGUCCGGGAGGGCAUUCACGGCGUGCAUGUGGUGACGCCCUUGAUUCGGAGCGACGGCACGACAUUAAUCGUCGACCGGGGAUUCGUCUCGAACGACCAUAUUCAAGACUUUCUUGCUCUAGAGGACCCAGGAAAAGUCGAACUCCUCGGCAUGUUGCGGACGUCGCAACCCCGAAAUUCGUUCACUCCGGAUAAUAAACCAGAUGCAGGGGAAUGGUAUUGGACAGAUGUAGACGCCAUGGCGCAGUACGCAGGUGGUGAAGAAGCCGACGUCCAACCUGUGUUUAUUGAGGAGGUCUUCGAGGGACAUGCUGGCGAAGCCGCGUCGAUGCUGGCUAAGGGCAUCCCCAUUGGCCGUCCGCCGACAGUCACCCUCCGUAAUGCGCAUCUGUCUUAUGUGCUAACUUGGUACCUACUUUCCGGACUAACGACCUUCAUGUUCGCUCGGCUCGUUAUCGCGAAGAAGCGAUUUCCUGGCAAACAGCUGCCCCGAUUCUGA